GGACUUGAGCGCAAAACGAUAGUGUUCUGUCUGUUGUACUGUUCCCGCUGCCCGCGUAAUUCACAGCUGACUCGUCUCCUGUGUAUGAUUCCUGUGACUCUGUGAGUUGGAGUUGUGAGAAAACCAAACUUGUUGUCGAGUGGGUUGACUUUGUAAAUUCUUAAGGAUGGGUGUUGAAGAUGACGCCAAAAAUCAAAAUUUGCCCUGGGUGGAAAAGUAUCGACCUCAGACCCUUCAAGAUUUGAUCUCACAUGAGGACAUCAUCUCCACAAUUAAACGGUUCAUUGACGAGGAUCAUCUGCCACACCUGCUCUUCUAUGGUCCACCAGGCACAGGCAAGACCUCCACUAUCCUGGCAUGUGCCCGUAAACUUUACUCUCCCAAGGAGUUUAAUUCUAUGGUGUUGGAACUGAAUGCAUCAGAUGACCGUGGCAUUGGUGUAGUGCGGCAACAAAUACUUAACUUUGCCAGUACACGUACUAUAUUCAAGUCCGGAUUCAAGCUUGUCAUCCUAGAUGAGGCUGAUGCCAUGACCAAUGAUGCCCAAAAUGCAUUAAGGAGAGUAAUUGAAAAGUUUACAGACAAUGUACGCUUUUGUCUCAUCUGCAAUUACCUGAGUAAGAUCAUCCCAGCCAUACAGUCUCGGUGCACACGAUUCCGAUUUGGGCCACUGGCAUCAGACCAGAUUCUUCCCCGUCUCAACUACGUUAUUGAUCGGGAAAAUGUCACUGUCUCAGAAGAUGGGAGAAAGGCAUUACUGUCUCUCUCAGGUGGGGACAUGAGGCGAGUAUUAAACAUACUACAGUCCACAGCAAUGGCUUUCAAAGAAGUGACAGAGGACAACGUGUAUACGUGCGUGGGUCAUCCUCUCCGCUCAGACAUCACAAACAUCAUAAAUUGGAUGUUGAAUGAACCCUUUGACAUUGCCUACAAAAAUGUAAACACAUUAAAGAUAACAAAAGGUUUUGCCCUGCAAGAUAUUUUGACUGAACUACAUGCCUAUGUUCAUAGAAUUGACUUCCCAGUUGAAGUGCGUGUGUACCUUGUAGAGCAGCUGUCUGAUGUAGAGGUGAGGUUGUGUGCAGGUGCUUCAGAAAAACUACAAUUAUCUUCAGUUUUGGCAGCAUUUACAAGAGCCAAACAUAUGGUAGCAGCUGAGGCAUCAACAUAUGGAGUUUGAAUUCAAUUUAGAUAGUAUGGUGAGGGGAAAGAGAACUGAAGGCCACAGGAUGAGGUGAUGGUGUGGAAGUGUACUAGACCACAACAACAAAAGAGAAGAAAGUACAGUAUGAUAAUGAAUGUAGACCAAAACAUCACAACUCCAAGGAAGAACAUCCUCCAAUACCUCACUAUAGUGUUUUUUUUUUCUCUCCCCAGCUGAGAAAAGAUGCCCCCACCCCCUUCUCAAGAGUUACAGCUGAUUGGUAGUUGCAAACCUGUUUGGACAGGUUUGCAACUACCAAUCAGCUGGUUUUGUCCUGAAUAAUGAUGUAUUUUUAAAUGAGCUUAUUCAUAAUGACUGUUUCUGACAAAAAAUAUAUUUAACUAAAUUGUAUAAAAAUACAUACAUUAAUUACUUCAAACAUGAACACGCUUUCGGAGGAUGCAUUUAAUAUAUACUUAUUUUUACCUACAAUAAGACAAAUUGCAUAUCAGUAAUAGUACAUUAUGCAAAAACAUUUUAAAAGAUCAGAAUCAUAUUGAAAUAUUACACAACCGUUCGCAGAGGCUGGAAAAAUAUGAAGUAGUUCGCAGUCAUAUUUCCCGCCUCUGCUGACGGCCGUGUAAUAUUUCAAUAUGAUUCUGAUCUUUUAAAAUGUUGUUUUUGCAUUAUGUACUAUUACUGAUAUGCAAUUUCUUAUUGUAGGUAAAAAUAAGUAAGAAUAUAUUAAAUGCAUCCUCCGAAAGCAUGAAUUUGCUACCCGAGUUUAUCAGUUAAUUCAUGUAUAAUAUUUCUGAUAAACUUCUUAUGUGAUCAUGUUUGAAAUAAUUAAUGUAUAUAUCUUUAUAUAAUUUAGUUAAAUAUCUUUCUCGUCAGAAGCGGUCAUUAUGAAUAAGCUCGUUUAAAAAUACAUCAUUACUCAGGACAAAAUUGGACAAGUUUGCAACAGCUAGUCAGCUGUAACUCUUUGAGGAGGGGGCGGGGCAUCUUUUCUCAGCUGGGAAGAAAUGGGCUAUAGGACAAUAUAAAGGGGGGGGAAGGGGCGACUUGUGUAGGUCUUUCUUCCCCAACCCUCUCCCCACAUCCAUGUCAGACUGAGGUUUUGAAGGAUGUUUCUUCCUUGAAGUUUUGGUCUUCCUGUAUAUCCAUAAUCGUAGUUCCUUCUCUUGUAUAGUUAUGGUCUUGUAUGCUUCAACACCAUUACCAUGAAACAGACAGAGAACACCAGCAUGAGAAUGGCAUAGGGGGAACAUUCAUUUUCAUAAGUAGAUGGGAUUAAUAAAAAAAAAUUAAUUUC